AUCGAGCACAUGCGUUAGCACUGAUCACCCUAUUGAUAUUGUUUCAUUUUCAUCUAUUCCGAAACUAAAUAUUAAUUGGGAGUUAAUAAAUAGCAUGCAAUAAAAUGGCAGAAAUUGAGUUGUCUAAGGCGUUGCGUGACUUACCAAAUCGAGUCCUGUCAGCUAAGUGUGAUGAGAGAACAGAUUUGUUUCAAAACGUGACAUCUGUGCUGAAUAAUCCUGGUGUUAAUGCGUCUAUUGUGAAAGGCUUAUGUAAAGUAAUUGGAACAACUUUGACAAAAUACAAGGAUACACCUUCUCAAAUUCUUGUCAGAAAUUUAAUUGUGGAUAUCGUAAAACAGCAUCAUGACGUGGCUACUGAAAGUCUUAGCUCUGUAUUUAGAACGGUCUUAAACAAAGAAAUUUUAAUUUUGACCCCUCAAAAGUCUGCAAAGUAUUCACUUAUUGCUUUAGGAUGGACUGAUUUAAUUAUAAGAAAUGGAGAUUAUAAUUCGAACAUAUUUAAAACGGAAUAUUCUAAGUUGGUAGAAUACCAAAGUAUAUUGUAUUAUAAUAUAUUUCUUUCCUGUAAUAUGCGCAUAAUUGAAAUGGCUGAGAAAUUACUAUUUGAUUCCUGGAUAAAUUCAGAAAAUUACAUACUUUGCUUGUCUACAAUUAUAUUAAAGGAACCUGCAUUUAACAUUAUCAACUUUUUAAUGUUACUUUUACGAUUUGAACAUUUCAAAGGACAUGAAGAAUAUAUACUACAAAGGCACAAAUCGGAACUACUUGAGCACUUUAUUAAAAGUAUUAUCAUUAAUAAAACAAGGCCACAAUCUUCAAUUGUAAUGGCGUGUGAGCCAUUGUUAACAAUAAUUACACAAAAGGAUUUUGAAGAAUUGAUACAUCCGGUAUUACUUAAAUCCAUAUUAAGGAGCCCUGAAAUGGCAAUACGUGUGAUGGGAUUAAUUUUUCACAAAUUAAAUAUAGACUUAAGUGAAUAUGCCUCAUCAUUAGGAAAGGUCCUGCUACAUCAUUUAUAUUGUAAGGAUGACAUUGUGAGAGGAGAAUCUUUAGAAACGCUGAAGGAAUUAUCGCUUAAGUGUACCACUGUCGAUUCGGUUGAAUAUUUACUGAAAGGAAUUUUCGACACUCUUAAUGGACACAAUGGUAAAAUAACAGUAGCGGAGUACAGAAUACAUCUGAUUCAGGGCGCAGGAUACUUAAGUUGCAACGGAAUUUCUGACAAGGAAACACCAAUUGUAUUACAUCUCGCUAUGGAACUUUUUUCGAAAGCGUUACAGACUGAAAUUCAAGAAAGGGUUAUUUGCUGCACUUUGGAUAUGUUUAGCUUGUGGAUGUUAAAAUUUAUUGGUGAAUUACCAAAAUCAAUCAUCGAUAUCUUUAAAAGGGGAUUGGAUCUAAAAACGACUACGCAAACAGUAAGAAUAUCAUAUCUUCAAUGGUUUUUAGCUGGUCUUAACAAUGCAAAAUUACACCAUGAGCUCAAUUUGACACCCCUACUUAUAAAAAUAGUAGAGAAAGGAUUACAAAGUCCUCUACAAAUUUCACUUGUAUGUGAAUCGGUUUGCGCUACUUGCAUCAUUAUACAAACAAUUACAAUAACUAGCGAUCCCUUAUUUGGAAGUUUUUGGAACACUAUAUUUGACGUUAAUAAGCUGAUAUUUUUUUCCGAACGAUUCAUGGCAGCUGCACCCCCUGAAACAUUAUGCUACGUAUCAUUGAUGGCUGAAAAAUUAUUAACGCAAUACUCUGAUAAACUUAAAGGUUCAUUGAAUGUUCUAUUUAAGGCUAUAGUUUAUAAUUUAAUUUCAAAUUCCGAAAAGCUGAGAACAUAUACUCUGAGUUUGCUCCCAAGAUUGAUGAAUGCAAUCGAGGGUGUAGAUUAUAUUAAUAAUAUUAUGGUCGAACUAGAAAAUCAGUUAGAUAAUAUUAAAUUUAGUACCGAUCAUGAUGGUUAUCAUGAAGAAAAUCUUGCUACUUCAAAUAUUUUAGUAGAAAUAAUGCAAAGUAUUUGUAAUUUUGAACAAAUUCCUGGUGAAGCUAAAAAACUAGCUUUGCAGGCUCUACUUAUAUGCCAUCACCCUGGUGUGUUUUGUAACAACUCGGUUUUCUGGGAAACCAUUUUAAAAAGCAAGUUUAAUUUUGAUCCAGAAAUAUUUGUUUCGGUUAAUGCUAAAGAAAUUACAAAUAUAAUAAUAGAUAAAUUUCAAUUGAAAAAAACCUAUGAAAAUUCCAUUUCUACAAUUAUUCGACUAAGUCCUGGGAAAUUAUUACCAAUACUAAUGCAAGAAAUUAUAACGGAUUUAAUAAGUGUUGAAAGUAGUGAUAUUACUGAAGAGGAAUACUACAUAUAUUUAACACCAAAACAAGAGAUGUCCGAUGAGAAAGCUGUUAAAAGUGAUAUAUAUGGUACAACUGGACACGGGCGAGAAAACAAACAUCAAAACGAAAAAACAAUCAGUAGUGAAAGUGAGAAAAAACGAUAUAAGGGCAAAACAAACCUAUCAGAACUUUCACAAAAACAGCAAGAGGCUAUUAAAAAUCAAAUUGAAAAAGAAAAUUAUACGAAAGAACGUGUUGGCCUUCUUAAUAAAAAGUUAAAAUGUGCCAUAUCUAUGUUAGAGGCGGCAUUCGCAGGAAAUCCUAAAGCAGUUUCAUUACAUUUUCACAAGUUAUUAAUGCAACUAUUAAAGUUACUUUCAUGUCCAAUCGCAGGAGAAUCGUUGGCAAAACUUUAUUUCAAAUUACGAGAAGCAUGCUUUGAAGAUAGCUUCGAAUUGGGUAGAAAUAUAGCUUUAAUGACUUUACGUCUAGAAAACCCACGCUUAGAUCUACCAAAUGAAUGGAUAACAAAUGAUAUGAACGAGAUCAUCAAAAGUAUUUUAUUUAACAUUAAUAAAAUCUUACUACACCAUCAUACUGAUGACAGUGAAAAUGCAUCAAACCCUCUAUUUAGUGCCCCGUCCUUCACAUAUACAUUUGAGUUUUUAAAACGAGCGUUUGCGACAAAUUUCGUAGCGAACAGCGAAGAAUUGUUGUUGAUUGGUAUUCAAUUGAUUGAAAGUCAUGCUCAAAUUAGAGGCUUUACGGUGUUUGGUGAAGUUACAGACUACAAUCAUCCUAAGUACAUGCCUCGUUUAGAAAUGUCGAAAUUAUUACUCAAUUUGAUAAAUAUUUACCAAGGAAGAGUUCAAACACAAGCCGUAGGUGCAAUUUUGGAAGUGGCAAAUUUAAGUUCUGGCGAAGACUACUGCGCAUAUGCUACCGACGAUGAGAUAGAGCUAUUUUUAAAUUCAUUGGAAAACAGCAAAGAGUCAGUAAGAGAAGUUGCCUUGAGGGUUCUAAAAAUUAUUAAAAAAGUUAUUUUGAUUAACAAUGAAAUGCACCAAAAUUUAAUUUCACGCUUGAAACUUCUAUUGUGGAUUGCUAUAUAUGAUACUUCGGAUGAAAAUCGCAAAUUAGCUUCAGAUUUGUGGGAAGCGGCUAAAUUUGCACCACCUGAAUUAGAUGAUGUACUUUUGCUUGUUACACAUAAGGAGCUAUGUAUACAAAAAGCUGCUUCUGCAUCUCUAGUGCAAUUACUUUUCACUAACCAUCAACAGGUAAAAUAUACAAUAAAAUCCUUACUCGAUAUAUACAGAGAAAAACUGACCAUGAUUCCUCCUAAAUUGGAUCAAUUCGAUCGAGAAAUUUUUCCUGCUAUAGAUCAAUGGGAGCCUCGAAGAGGAAUUUCAAUAUCAAUAUCACAAGUUUCGAAAUUUUUUGAUGUUGACGACGUUAACGAAAUUAUGCAAUUUAUGGUAGCGCAAGGAUUUAGAGAUCGUAAUGAAACUGUCCAUAAAGAAAUGCUUGCCUCUGCCCUUUGUAUAGUGGAUUGUCAUGGAAAAGAAACUAUAGUCAAUUUGUUACCUGUUUUCGAAGACUUUUUAGACAAAGCACCGAAAUCACAAAGCUACGAUAACGUUAGACAAGCUGUGGUCAUUUUAAUGGGAUCAUUAGCUCGACACUUAGAAACUGAUGAUACUCGAAUUGAACCAAUAGUGCGAAGAUUAAUUUCAGCUCUGUCAACACCUUCUCAACAAGUACAGGAAGCUGUGGCUAAUUGCUUACCACAUUUAGUUUCAUCGGUAAAAGAGAAAGCUCCUGAAAUUAUAAAAAAAUUAUUGCAACAACUAAUAAAAUCUGAUAAGUAUGGAGAGCGGAGAGGUGCAGCUUAUGGAAUUGCGGGCAUUGUAAAAGGCUUGGGGAUUUUGUCAUUGAAACAAUUCGAUAUAAUGUCAAAACUAACGACAUUUAUACAAGAAAAAAAAAAUUAUAAAUCACGAGAAGGUGCACUUUUUGCUUUUGAAGUAUUAUGUACAAUGCUUGGACGUUUAUUUGAGCCUUACAUUGUUCAUGUACUACCUCAUCUAUUGCAAUGUUUUGGAGACUCUUCUCAAUACGUUAGGCAAGCGGCUGAUGAUACGGCAAAAGUAGUUAUGGGCAAACUUUCCGCACAUGGAGUUAAACUUGUUCUUCCAUCUUUACUUAAUGCGUUAGAUGAAGAUUCCUGGCGAACGAAGACAGCUUCGGUUGAACUUCUGGGAGCUAUGGCUUUUUGUGCACCCAAGCAAUUGUCAUCAUGUUUACCUAAUAUAGUUCCAAAACUAAUCGAAGUACUUGGUGACUCACAUACUAAAGUGCAGGAAGCUGGUGCUGAUGCCCUCAAAGUCAUAGGAUCCGUAAUAAAAAAUCCCGAAAUUCAAGCUAUUGUUCCCAUAUUGUUGACGGCUUUAGAAGAUCCAUCAAAAAAUACUUCAAAUUGUUUGCAUAGUUUACUUCAAACAAAAUUUGUACAUUUUAUAGAUGCACCAUCUUUGGCCCUAAUAAUGCCUGUGGUUGAGCGAGCUUUCAUGGAUAGAUCUACCGAAACUCGAAAAAUGGCAGCUCAAAUCAUAGGUAAUAUGUAUUCCCUUACCGAUCAAAAGGAUUUAGUGCCAUAUUUACCUAAUAUAAUUCCUGGUCUAAAGAUGUCUCUGCUUGAUCCCGUGCCGGAGGUUAGAGCAAUUUCUGCCAGAGCAUUAGGAGCUAUGGUUCGUGGAAUAGGUGAAUCUUCAUUUGAAGAUCUACUACCAUGGUUGAUGCAAACCUUGACAUCAGAAUCUAGUAGUGUCGAUCGCAGUGGAGCAGCUCAAGGUCUUGCCGAAGUUGUUGGUGGUUUAGGAGUGCAAAAGUUACAUCAAUUAAUGCCUGAUAUUAUUACAACAGCGGAGAGAACAGAUAUUGCGCCACAUGUAAAAGAUGGAUAUAUAAUGAUGUUUAUAUAUAUGCCAGGACCUUUCCCGAACGAUUUUACUCCUUAUAUUGGCCAAAUAAUUAAUCCUAUAUUAAAAGCAUUGGCUGAUGAGAAUGAGUAUGUUCGAGACACCGCAUUAAAAGCUGGGCAACGCAUAGUGAAUUUGUAUGCCGAAUCUGCAGUGAUGCUUCUUCUUCCUGAACUAGAAAAGGGUUUAUUUGAUAACAACUGGAGAAUACGGUUUAGUUCUGUUCAAUUAUUAGGAGACUUGCUAUACAGAAUAUCAGGCGUAUCUGGGAAAAUGACUACAGAAACAGCAAGUGAAGAUGAUAAUUUUGGAACCGAACAGUCUCAUACCGCCAUAAUAAGAUUUUUAGGCGAAGAGAGACGAAACAGAGUCCUUUCAGGUCUUUAUAUGGGUCGGAGUGAUGUAUCACUGAUGGUACGACAAGCAUCACUACAUGUUUGGAAAGUUGUAGUAACAAACACACCACGCACACUAAGAGAAAUCUUACCCACAUUAUUUAGUUUACUUUUAGGAUGUUUGGCAAGCACUAGCUAUGAUAAACGUCAAGUUGCUGCGCGAACUUUAGGAGAUUUGGUGAGAAAAUUGGGAGAGAGAGUACUUCCCGAAAUAAUACCAAUAUUAGAGAAAGGACUUAAUUCAGAACAUCCUGAUCAACGCCAAGGAGUCUGCAUUGGCCUAUCGGAAAUAAUGUCCUCAACUUCUAAAGAAAUGGUAUUGUCGUUUGUCAACAGUCUAGUUCCAACAGUAAGAAGAGCUUUAUCGGAUCCUUUACCUGAGGUGAGAGGAGCGGCGGCAAAAACUUUUGAAUCUUUACAUUCAACUGUUGGUUCACGUGCUUUAGACGAUAUUUUACCUUCAAUGCUUGAGGGGUUGAACGACCCUGAUCCAACCGUUGCAGAGUAUACAUUAGAUGGCCUUCGCCAAGUCAUGACAAUUAAAUCUCGAGUGGUAUUGCCAUAUCUUGUUCCCCAACUAACAGCACCUCCUGUAAAUACAAAAGCCCUUUCCAUAUUAGUUUCGGUGGCGGGGGAUGCAUUAACAAAAUAUCUUCCAAAAAUUUUAGAUGCUUUACUUCAUGCACUUUCCGAUGCACAAGGCACUGCCUAUGAGUACCAAGAAUUAGAUUAUUGUCAAGCAGUAAUACUGUCAGUUACAGACGAAAUCGGUGUUCGAACAAUUGUCGACACUCUAAUGAUGUCAGCAAAAUCUGAUAGCAUAAAUAUAAGAAAAUCGGCGUCGAGUUUACUUUGUGUAUUCUGUACACACACUCCAGGAGAUUAUUCUCAAUAUGUUCCACAAUUGUUACGCUGUUUAUUACGUCUAAUGGCUGAUUCUAAUCGCGACAUAUUACAAAAUUCAUGGGAUGCGUUAAACUCAGUUGUAAAAACUUUGGAUUCAACCCAACAAAUUUCUCUAGUGUGUGACGUAAGACAAGCUGUUCGAUUUGCUUCGAGCGAAAUUAGAGGUUCCGAGAUGCCGGGGUUUUGCCUUCCAAAAGGAAUUACACCUCUACUUCCCGUGUUUCGAGAAGCAAUUUUAAAUGGAAUGCCAGAUGUUAAAGAAAAUGCUGCUGAAGGAUUAGGUGAAAUUAUUUCUCUAACAAGUGCUCAGUCUUUACAGCCAUCUGUUGUUCAAAUAACUGGGCCGCUAAUUCGAAUUCUAGGAGAUCGUUUUAAUGCAGGUGUCAAAGCAGCUGUACUGGAAACGUUAGCUAUUUUAUUGAGAAAAGUUGGAGUCAUGUUGAAACAAUUUUUACCACAGUUACAAACAACAUUUCUGAAGGCUUUACAUGACUCGAAUAGAAGUGUUCGCAUGAAAGCUGGACAAGCAAUAUCCGAAUUGGUUAUCAUACAUUCACGGCCAGAUUCGAUUUUUAAUGAAAUUCAUAAUGGGAUAAAAUCUAAUGAUGAUCCGUCCGUGCGAGAAACUAUGUUAGCGGCAAUACGUUUAAGUAUUAAUUUGGCUGGAGGAAAAAUGUCUGAAUGUUUAAAACAACAAUUAAGCGCUACUCUUCUGAAUAUGAUAGGACAUUCAGAAGACAUUACUCGAUCUGCUUCUGCAGGUUGUUUAGGAGCACUUUUGAAAUAUUUAUCAAUUCAACAAGUGGAUGAUUUAUUAGAGCUUCAAAUCUUCGUUGCUGGAAAUGGUGACGGACUAUUAAAACACGGACGAACCGCAGUUUUGUUUGUGGCAUUAAAAGAAAGUCCUACGAUUAUUAUUUCGAAAUAUGAGUCCAAGUUGAUUGAAUUUAUUACUUCCAGUAUUGCAUCAGAUAAAAUAAAUAUUGCAAGCAGUGGUGUUCGCGCAAUGACGUGCUUGUUGCACUUUUAUAUGUCGAAUAAUAUUAUGUUCUCUCCAAUAAUAGUUUCAUGCUUUACAAGGGCUAUGAAUCACAAAAGCAACGAAAUAAAACAGAUUGUUGCUAAAAGUUGUAAUUACUUGGCAAAAACGUUAGCUAUAGAUAAGAUGAGCUCAGAUGUUAUUAAACAGCUCGUACCAAUGCUAGUUAACGGUACCAAAGAAAAAAAUGGCUAUGUAAAGUCUAAUUCCGAGAUAGCUUUAGUUUCAAUUUUGCAUCUCCGUGAAAACGAUACUACUUUUAGUUAUGUCUGUCAACUUUUAGAAGUUGGUGCAAGGGAUUCCUUAAAUGAAGUUGUGAACAAAGUCUUGCGUAAGGUCGCUGUACAAGCUAUUGAUAAAGAUGAAGAAUUCGAUGAUACAAUAUUGAAUUGAAAGUAUGAAUACGCCCUACUAAAGUUUUUCGAAAUUAUUUUGUUUUAUGUAUUGUAAAUGAUUAAUUAAUUAAUUUCGAAAUAAAAACAAAAAAAAAAUA